GCCUAGUAAAUAGCCAGCAGUAAUUCCCUGUCGCGCCUGUCGCAAUGCGAAACGGGGGAAUGGAUUGGAUGCUCACUAAGCAUGCCGCCAAACCAACUUUUUUGCCCGCCGCUCUUACUUGAAAGCUGGUCCCUCCACAGCAACGCCGGCUUAUCACCCCUCCGCUGAAAUCGCCGUCUGGUCGCACAGGCUCUCAAGAGCGCAAAGCUCUUCUCGUCCCAGAGAACUUAUUUGGGCACUUGCCCCCACCCCCGUCCCUUCGUCAAAUCGUCCUCCAUCUUCUACGUUCCCAAUGUCCGAUUCCCAGCCCGCCCAAGCCCCCGGAGCGCAAGGCCAAGGCCGCGGUGGUGGUCGUCGCCGGGGUCGCGGUGGAGGCUUUGGAGCUGCUCGCCAACCUGGACAACCCGAGGGCCAACAACAAUCCCACGAUGGCUCUGGAAGAGGUGCAAGGUCCAGGGGCCAAGGACCCCGCCGUGGGGGGGCCGGAGGACGUGACAAGCAGACUCGUACAGGGAACAAGCCGGAAGCCUCUACUGAGAAAUCGGCGGAUGCUCCUGCAGGACCCGAGGGCAAGGGGAAGCAGCCCGUCACAGAAGAGUCAGACGAUGCGGAUGACGGCGAGGUUUGCUUCAUCUGUGCCUCGAAGGUCGAUCAUACGUCCAUCUCGCCGUGUAACCAUCGGACCUGCCAUAUCUGUGCGCUUAGAUUGAGAGCCUUGUAUAAGAAUAAAGCCUGUGCUCAUUGUCGGACGGAAUCAAACUAUGUGAUCUUCACGGACGACCAUGGCAAGCGCUUCGAGGAUUUCACGGAUGCCGAUUUCUCGCAGAAGGAUGAGAACCUCGGGAUCAAGUACGAGAAUAACGACAUCUUUGAGGAUACGGUGCUGCUGCUGCGGUAUAACUGCCCGGACCGAGGCUGUGAUGUCGCCUGCUUGGGAUGGCCUGACCUGCACCGUCACGUCAAGAGCAAGCACGGCAGGGUGAUGUGUGAUCUGUGUACACGGAACAAGAAGGUGUUCACCCACGAGCACGAGCUGUUCACGAAUGCAGAGUUGCGCAAACACGAGAAGCAUGGAGAUGAUGUGCCAGGAGCGAUUGAUCAGAGUGGAUUUAAGGGACAUCCUGAGUGUGGCUUCUGCCGGCAGCGGUUUUACGGCGACGACGAAUUAUACGCUCACUGCCGAGACCGUCACGAAAGAUGCCACAUUUGUGACCGUCGCUCGGCGACUCGCCAGCAACAGUAUUACAUCGACUACAACGCCCUCGAGGACCACUUCCAGAAGGACCACUUCCUCUGCCUUGACCAGGAGUGUCUCGAGAAGAAGUUCGUGGUUUUCGAAUCCCAAAUGGAUCUCAAGGCGCACCAGCUCGAGAGCCAUCCCAACGGCCUGUCCAAGGACGCCAGACGUGACGCACGCACUGUAGACUUGUCUACCUUCGACUACAGAGCCCCGUACCAGCCUCAACAACGUCAACGUCGUGGAGCUGGCCGUGGACGCGAUCCCAACGCGGAGCCGCUGCCUGUCUCCAGCGCUCAGCCCUUGCGACGAGACGAGAUCGCCUACCAGCGCCAGAUGGCUAUCCAAAGUGCACAGUCGGUGUCGACCCGCAGCUUUGGAGGCCAACUAACACGCAACGACACCCAGCCAGUGCGCGCUCCUGCUCGUCCCACCCCCACUCAAACCCCUCCUGCUCGUCCCACCCCCACUCAAACCCCUCCUGCUGCUACCCCUCCAGUCGUUGAGAUGGAGAGUCUCAGUCUCGCUGCAGACUCGGGCUCAGCGACCCCUCAAGAACAGGCACGCCGUCUUCGCCAUGCGGCCGUUGUCGAAAGGGCCUCGAACCUCCUGGGCAAUGAUCAGAACAAGCUCAAGGAAUUCCGCACUCGUGUGUCCAGCUACCGCACCUCCUCCAUCUCCGCCACCGAACUCAUUGACGCCUUCUUCUCUCUUUUUGAUACCUCGAGUUCCGAGCUGGGCAAACUAGUCAAGGAGCUUGCUGAGAUCUACGAGGACGAUGGCAAGCGUACUGCACUGCUCAAGUCCUGGAACGACUGGCGUGCGAUCAACGAAGACUACCCUGCUCUCCCCGGCCCCGGCGGUAUCCUCCCCGGCAUGUCCCCGGGCACUGUGAGCGGUGGAGGAGUCGGAGGGAAGCGCGUUCUGCGUCUGAAAUCCUCAACCGCCCAGUCCUCUCGUUCCGCUGUUGGCAGAAGCGGCGCUAUGCCUUCAUCAUCCUCCUCCACCACCGCCUUCCCCCCCCUCUCUUCCGCCCGCUCUACUCCUCGCUCUUCCACCCCCGCCACUACCCCCUGGGGUGCGGCUGCCGCCGCCGCCCCUACCUCAGCUCCUACUUCUACCUUCAGCAGCGCCACCUCCUCUCGAUCCGCCUCCCGCGCUCCUUCUCGCCCCGUCAACACGAACAACGCUGACGCUUUCCCCGCCCUCCCUGCCGCCCCGAAACCCAAUGUCCUCAUGGCCGGUCUGACCCGUGGAACCGUCCGCUGGGACGACCGUCGCCAGCCCACCGUGAAUGCGUGGUCAUCGUCUUCCCGUAACGACAGCUCCACCGCCGAGGAAGACUUUCCUGAGUUCCCCGCCGGAGGCAAAAAGGGUAAAGGAAAGAAGGGCAAACAGACUCUCUUCCACUUUGGAUGAACAUAACCACCCACACAUGGACUGCACACACACAUGCGUACAUAUGCUGUGAUUCAAGGUGUUUCAUCCUAGGACAUACGAAGAAGAACAUGUAGCUCCUUGUCUCUGCAUGCGUCCGUCCGGUCCAGCUUUGUUGAUUGUUGUUCAGCUUGUAUUUGAGCGAGAUCUUGUUUUUAUACUUAAGAGUUGCGUGGGGUGAGAAAAAAAAGCUUGUGGGACUGGGUUUAUUUUAUGGAUGCAGGAGACUUAUGUAUUUAGAAAAGUCAAUAAAAAUGAAAUAAUU